CACAGCCGCAGUCAGACAGACGGUCUCUCCGCUGAAACGGCAGCAGGGAAAACAAAGUCUCCUCCCGCCGCUGAGAAACUAGCAACUGUCGUAGAAGUGAAGUCGACGCGAUGCUACACGCGAAAUGCUACCGUUUCGUCUGAGAAGACAGCUAACAGUCAGGAAGAGACAGGCGAAAGUGGGCGAACCGUGACAGCAGCUGGCGAAAUUAACUGAGGGAUUUGUGGACUGCACGUGGAAAGCAACGCUGAAACACAUCGUGAAAAGUGGAUCUUGUCCUCUCCACUUUAACUGUUUGCCAGCUGUCCACUCCUGCCUCCUUCAGAGAUGAGUGCCAAGUCAGCCAUCAACAAGGAGGUCUUCAUACCCCAUGAUGAGAAAAUGCUCGCUGCUGUGCAGGUGAAGCGGAGGACCAAGAAGAAGAUCCCUUUCCUGGCCACUGGUGGUCAGGGAGACUACAUGACCUUCAUCUGCGUCUCAGUGACCAAUAAGAAACCAUCCUACGUAUCCAUCACUAAGGUGAAACAGUUCCAAGGAUCUUCUGCCUUCGUAAAACGGUCACAGUGGACCAUUGACCAGCUACGGCAGGUCAACGGCAUUGACCCCAACAAAGACUGUCCAGAGUUCGACCUGAUGUUCGAAAAUGCUUUUGACCAGUGGGUUGCUGGAUCAGCAGGAGAGAAGUGCACCUUCAUCCAGAUUCUUCACCACACUUGCCAGCGCUACAGCUCAGCGCGGAAACCAGAGUUUGUCAACUGUCAGGCCAAACUGCUGGGGGGUAACAGUAUACUACACUCAGCUGCAGACAGUGUGACGAGUGCUGUACAGAAGGCCAGCCAGGCUCUGAAUGAGCGUGGCGAGCGAUUAGGUCGGGCUGAAGAGAGGACUGCAGACAUGAUGAACAGUGCCGAACAGUUUGCUGUCACUGCGCACAAGCUUGCCAUGAAGCACAAGUGUUAGACCACUGCCAAAACCAACUGGGGGGUGGGGAUCAACAAUCGCCAGUCGCUGUACAGGAGAAGGAUUCCAGAUUUUAUUCUUUUUAAAAAUUUUAGUAUGAUUACUCUGUUAACAAUGUUAACAUUUUAACGUUUUGGGUUAUUGUAUUGUGGUGCAUCUUCUGAUUGUGACACAUGGAGCAGGGGGGAGGAAGAGAGGAGGUAUACAAAGCUACUUCAGACUGUCAGCAGAAUGUUUAUGCCUCUGUUUUGCCAAAAAAGUUCCAUACCACAGCCAUGACUGUAUUUGAAAACCACGGUCACUCGAAACACUUACUCUCUUCGUAUACUCAGACUUUAAAGUUAUCAUCAGCAAUCACUCCAAGAUGAGGAACAGCUUGCCUCAAAGGUUAUUAAUUGUUGUUGAGUUAUUCAUGAGCACUGCAGUGAUUAUGCAGCCUGAUUGACGGACCCUCCCGUCACUAAUAUAUAACACUAGCAUACCUGAGGAUACCCUUGAUUUUCUUACCUGUUGCAUAUAAAUUUGUACCCGGAUAAAUAUUUUGGCAACGCAUGUGGGAGAGGAGGAUGGGAGAUGAAAAGAAAUCUCACAUCUGUGGAGAUAACAACAUUAACUCUACCCCUGAACAUCAGUAAAUCCAAAAGUAUUUCAACAUUUUCUCACUCCUUUGAGUCUUGGACAUUGCAAUCUGUUGUUCUGUCCAUCAUUUCAAAACAUGUCAAAACAGUAUUAGUAAAAACGUUUGCAACAUAUUGUUUCAUAAACUGCACAUUAGACUGAAUAGAGUGGGUUGGGUGAAAUCUUAGUCAUCUGUUAGACUUGUUUACCAUUCAACAGCAACCAAAACGACAUGGAAUAUACUUGCCAACAUUUUUGGAAGUGUACUUGAAGAACUCUGUUUUGAAAAGAAGGUUUUUAAGUUUAAUAAUUUAUGUUAAGGAGACAGGGCAGAGCGCAUUUCAGUAAACCAGCUUCUGCAUUGUAAAAAGCAAAAUAUGUAAUUCUUCUUACACUAUUAUCUCAAUGUCUGUAGAGCUAAUUUGUCCCAUGAACAUGGGAUGUUUUGAAACGACUCCCAGCUGUAUUUCAACUUUAAACAUUCAGUAGUCACACUUUUUGUAUAAUUGUUUAGGUUGGUCAUUAUAAUGAUGUGUGUACUGAUAGUUAAAAGACAAAAUGUCUCAUAUAGCAGCAGCAGCAGCAGCAGCAGUGUGUAGUAGUUUUUUGUGUCAUUGCUCUCACACUGGCUGUAACUUUGGCUUCCUCACCCUCACAAUUGAGAUGUAUUUGAUUCUUUUUAUAUUUUGAAGUUUCUAAUUCAUAAUGUUACAAUGCACCAACGACCUUAUCUUGCAGAGCACUGUUGAGUUCAUACUGAAACGUUCCAGUUGCCUAAAUGUUUUUGUGCUUGUAUUCCUCCCUCUAAUACUUUGGAUGUUUAUUGUUUUAAUAAAAAAACAUAUAAAUACUGUCCUUUUUAUAACCAGCUUUAACUGUUCCAUCAAACAAUGGAAUCAGAAGUUGUACAUUUAUUUUGUUGGGUAUUCUUUAUCAUGAUUGCAUUUGUGUUUUUUUUCUCACAUGGUCUUUCUCUACUUACAAAUGAUAAGCUGCCAAAAGCUCAAAGGGUCUUUUUGUCAUUUUCUCUGUCUCAUGUGCUCAGUCUCACUUCAUGCUUCAACAAUACUCAUCACACUGAUCUCAAUUCUCUAUAAUACUGUAAUAUGUACAAUAAAGUCCGAUCCACAAUCAAAAUAUAAUGGUUCCUUAUUAGUGCCUUUUGCUGUUAACGUCUCACCUCAGUCUGCAAAUGGGUGUUAAUAUUGUCUCGCUUAAUGUGGCAACCCAAGGUAACACUGCCUCAGAGGAUCAAUGAAGAAAAAGUGUUUAUUGAUUUUGGUUACAAUUGAGUGAUAUACAGGGUGUUGUGUUUAUGAUAAUAUUGUGAGAGUAAUACAGAAGUCUGUUGAAGUAAAAUGAUGAGGAUCAUUCUUGGUCAAAUUUUGCACAUUUACAUAUGAUUACCUGUAUCUUUUUAUCCAAUCUGAGCUUUUUAUGGAUAUUUGCUUAACUUUAAAUAGUUCAAGAUUAUCUGCAUGCUUACCUUUGCUGUCUUCUUCCACCAGGUUUAAAUUCAAGUACUAGUUCUACAUUGUGUGCGUAUUUAAAUUAUUUAUUGUAGAUGAAAGCUUUUUUUU